GCUGAUCCUUCUGAGCGGAACAACGACGCCCAGCCUGUGCCCCUGCUACCAUGGGCGCCGAGGUCAGCAGGCUGGGCGCGGACAGGUACAGCCCUGGCGCCAUCCUCCGCUUCAUCGCGCAUAUCGGCAAAAUGUCGGUUGGCAACAUCUCAGAUGGCUUCCGCUCUGCCCUCGACACCGAGCUGGAGCGAGGCAAGGCCCUCGCAGCCAGCGCGUACCAAAUGCACAUCGGCUGGCGCGAGACCUCUCCGGAGUGGACCGACUUCCCGUGGGCUCGCGCGCCGGCGGAGGGCGGAUCGGCAGAGCAGGUCGUGUGCGACUGGCUGGAGGCGGUCGGUCUCGAGCCCCUCCCGCACGGCGUAGCGUGGAACCUCCUACGAAUCGACAGCGCACUGCUCGCGUGCUGGGAGGAGGAGGAGGAGGAGAAGGCCUCGCCUGCGCCCCUGGACAACUUCCCGUCGUACGCGGAGGCGUCGGAUGCGGUGACGCCGCCGUCCCGGCCGCUGCACCACCCCGCCUGGCUGCCUCUCGCGCUGCUGAUGGCCACGACGGGUGAGGACGCCAACGCCUGGUCCAUCUUCCCCCUCAACAUGCUGAUCGCGCCGCCGUCGGUGGCUGCGCACUUCCGCCUCUCAAAGCUGAUGACGCCGGACCAGAGCAAGUCUCGCCGCCCUUCCGAGGUUUCGAAGCGGAUGUUUGGCAUGUGGGAGCUGACUUCGCUCACAAAUUCCGGCCGGCCGCUGCCUGGCGGCGCCAAGGGGCGCAUCUUCUACUCGGGCUCGUUCUUCUGCGCGCAAGUGACGGGCCUCAAGGGCCUGCUCCACUUCAACUACUCGGGCACGUGGCACGCCGAGGGGAGCAAGGUCUACCACGUCUGCUUGUGCAACUCGCCCCAGGCCUGCUACGAGAAGCUCGCGCCGCGGCCGGAGCUCGAGGCGGCCGCCGAGCCUCGGCUCGGGUACGGCGCGGUGCGGGUGCGGUCGUAUCGCUUCUGCGACGACGGCACUCUCGACCUGAUGAUCAUGGACGGCGAGCAGGUCAUGCAGGUCCUCAAGUGGAAGCGCGUGGACGCCUACUCGGAGGCGUCCGGCGGGAGGUGGGACAUGAGCAUGACGUCGCGACCGGCCGCGCCGGAGGAGGUCGGGAAGGAGGACUAGCCAAGGGCCGGCACCCGUGGUCGUGAGGUCUCAAUGUAUCGCAGGGUAGGACCGGAUACGGCGGCAGCGGGAGAGAGAGUGAGGUUUACGAUUUCUUUUCAGUUUUUUGUGAGAAGAGC